UGUGAUGAUAAUGAAUGACAAUACAGUAUAGGAUAAGUAUUGUAAACAUAUUUUUUUACAAUAAGUAUGACUAGUGAUGUAUCUAUGUACCCAAAUAUAGGUAUCGACUUGGUGAUAUUUUUAUAACGGAUAGGCACCAACCAACGACUUAAAGCUUAUACUCCAAGACCCAAAUCCUCAACCCUGAUGAUGCAGGGGAUUCGCAGCCUAAACUAUAGUGAUUUAAGAACGGGAUGGUGCAAUAUUAUUUUAUGUACCAAGCAAAGACUAGAUCAUUGAACUUCAGAUCCCAACUCCUGAAUCCGUAUGGUGCAGCCUGCAAGAUAAUGGAAAGUAUAGAUACGCUUAGCAUACUCAGCCAGUAUGGCGUCGGCCGUCGAAAACUCGAUGAUGAUUUAUUCCUUGGCGAUCAACCACCAUCCAGGCUUGGUGUCUAUGAUGAAGACGAAGAAGAACAAUGUCCCACCAUUACUCCAAUGCGAUGUCCGGUCGCAGGUUGCAAGUUCACCACAGAUUCGAUACGUCACGUCGAGAACCAUUACAACUCUUCGCAUAGAUAUUCCUGCAGCCAGUGCAAGAAAGUGUUGCCUUCCCCGCAUCUCCUAGACUUGCAUAUACAGGAGCAACAUGAUUCCUUCUUCGCAGUUAUGGCUUCUAAGAAACCUUCUUACUCCUGUUACAUAGAAGAGUGUAAAGAGAAAUUUAUGAACACUGAAGAGAGACUAAAUCAUUGUGUUAAGGUUCACAAAUUGCCUAAAGACUUCAGAUUUGAUUCUAAACCAAAGCAAACACAAGCAAACCAAAGUAGAUCCAAGAAUAAAAAGCCUCAACAAUCAAUGGAGACUGAGCAAGCUAGGAAUAAGGAACCAAAAUUCAAUUUUACCAACAAUAAACAAAGAGGUUUUAUUUAUAAAGGGAAGAAAUUUACUAAAGAGCAAAAAUCAUCUACAUCUGAGGGUGUGGAUAUGGAUGCCAUAAUGUCAGAUCUAAAGGAAAAUUUGCCAUAAUCUUGAUUAAUAAUAUCAGUCAAGGGUUCUGUACCAUCUUAGAAGAAAUAACACUUAAUUUUCACAGCGGCUAUUUUGUUAUUUGGUAGAGCGGCAAUAAUAAAUACACAUUCUGUGAAAAUUUCAUCUCUCUACCUAUUACAGUUCUCGAGAUGCAGCUCGCUGACAGACAGUCAGACGGACAGCGGAGCCUUAGUAAUACGAUCCUGUUGGCAUUCGUAACAGUUUGUUCAAUUUUGGCGCUUGCUAGAAAUCUUCGGCUUUGGCCAAAUAUAUUUUAUACCUAAGCCUCAAAGUGGUUGAGGCAUAAACAUUGAUUUAGGUUUGUCAUAUAAAAGAAAUCAAAUCCAAAAGAUUCUAUAAAUUAUAAUACAUUUAUUACACAGUCAUACAAUAUUUUUGCUUACAAACACAGUUAUUAGGUAUUCAAAUAAUCUCAGGCUCAACAUUUAGUAAAAAACAAUAAUAAUUAAAUAAAGCAUAACAUUUAGUGGUAACAAUUCUUCAAUGUAUAAUAUAUAUUUCUUUUUAUAAUAUAUAUUUCUUUUUAUAUUUUGAGUAAUUUUUAUUGUACAUUUUUAACAUCUAAAGGCCAGCGCAAACAGACAGGAUCAAGUGAAGUUGGGUGGCGCUUUAUGUUUUACCCUUUAUAAAUAGCUGUCAAAAGAGCUAGUAUGUGAUUGGUACUUGCCCAAAUGCCUAUGAUUUUCAAUAUAAACUUGUCUAAACUUUUUCCAAAAUGUAUUAUGUACUUACCUAAUUUUCUUCUACUAAAAUAUAAAUUUAAAUAACUGA